AUGCACCAACGAAUCACGUAUCUACUACCACCAGGCACGGGAGUCAACCCGUCUGAUAUUGACGCUGGCAAAGACCAUCUGACCUUCGCCAAGGCCCACGAUGCCGCAGUCGAACGCCGCAUGACGCUCGGUCUCUCUGAGCUGCCGCAUUAUGUCCAAGCCUUAUUGAAAGACUUCCACGAACUGCACAUCAGAGUCGUCUCGUCACGGAAUCACCGCCUCCUCGCCCCUGUCCUCUCCAGACUGUCGCCGGGCAUACAUACCUUCUUCACGCCUCCCUCCAGGGAAGGAACGCUCGAGAACAACUUCUGCUUCGAACUCUCCUUGUUGCUGCGCUUGGAUGAGAAGGAGCUAAAAUGCAGUGCCGAGCCUGGAACUUAUCCGAGGCCGCCUGUGCUAUCCGAACGAUUCUCAACCUCCUCCACCUACCAAUUCUACCACGGUGUCGAUGACCUCUCCCUCAUCUCGCAGCGUAUUGCGGAACAGUGGUGUCCCGGACUUCAUGCUGCCUCAACUGCUGGUCAACUAUGCAAGCUACUCGCAGACGCUUCCGACGCAGCAUAUGUGGACUACGAUUACGAUGUGAUCAAUCAUGCUGUCACCAUCGCCAUUGUCUCAGCAUCAACAGACAUGGAGAAGACCGGCAAGGCACCCGCUCGUGUUCAUAAGCUUCAUCCUGACGACAGGCUCGAAGUCGGCAUUCUGGCACCCGAAACGGCCGACGAACCAGAAGAGCUGAAGCUUGGUGGCUACCUGACUGUCGUGGGCGAAAGUGAAAAGCCAAGCGCAACAUUGUUCUCUUUCCCAGCACGUCAUCAUCCUCUGCCUUCCCACGACCACACCUCCUUCACUGUUGGCUUUCAGAAGCCGAGUGGACUUCACCCAAAGCUCGAUAUCACCUUUCCAGCAAAAGACUUGAAGCCACCGAAACCAGAAACUUGUUCACUGCAUGCCUACUGGACCACGCCUGCCGCGCUCUUUCUUGAUCGCUACCAGUUAGGAGAUGAUCUAUAUCUUGCCUCGCAGAAUCUUGUAGCGCUUCACGCUCUGAGUGGCGAAGAGGAUCUCGAGCGACCAGCAUGGGCCAUCAACCAAUGGGGAUCUGCUGCGCUGAUUGAACUGGCUUCUCCGAAAGCCGUUGAUCAGAUGAAAGGCACGUGGACUGUAACAAUACCGACACACUUGCGCUACCUCAACGCUACAUCGUCUCCAACUGGGCACGCGCCUGUAGAUGUGCCUUGGCCGGUAGUCUUCUGGGCUUGCGAGGCAGAGGAAGGAUUGAAGAUGAGCACGAAUCCUUUUGAUCGAGUCAAUAUUGGAUAUGAUGGACUUUUCGGGCCCAAGACCAUGUUCUACCACAUUCCCCCAUCUCCUGACCGCGAAAGACUUGUCGAGCAGCUGAGUGUGCCUGUUCUUGAUCCAGCUCAGGCUGCCUGGGUUCCUCUCGGCACCUUGCUUGCUGUGUUGGCUGGCUUUGGCUGGGUAUGCUGGAAGUUGUUUGGCAGUGGACCGGCCGCGUCCUCCAGAUCUCCCCAGACAAAGCUAGUAACGGAACCAGUGGCAAAAGCAGUCGUGGAAGAGAAGUCAGCCGCAACGAGAUAGCUGGUCCUGGAAGGAGAUGACAGGCCAUAUUGUAGUCUCAACGAAAGCUCUCUAAGGCACUACUCGACGCCCUUGAUUCUGCCAUGAUGCAAUAUGGAAGCACCUCCGAACCCGCCAGUGAGCCUUAGGCAUCAAAAAAUACACGCAACGGAUGAUGAUACGCACCAUCGCCAAUACACUGUAGAGGUUUAUGAACAAUCAGAAAUCCUAUUUCUCUCUCGCAGGAGGAGACCUACGGAGUACCAGAUUACCUGCUCGACUUUCUGGAUAUGAAGAACAACAUCAACAGUACGCUGCAUCAAGCGGAACUCUUUGCAAGAGUUGAGCUUAAUAGUAACUGUCUGGAGUUUUGAAGGAGGGCAUGUUUGCUGUUGAGUAUAGAUGGGUCGAAGCGUGUUGAAAAAGCAUUAAAUAGACUGGUCCUGCUACGGAGACAUGGUAGAGUGGGACUAGUGAGUAUUCCGGAACGGUGGCAGAAUGAUCAGAUCUGCUCCUACAGGACC